AUGCAUCAAAAGAACUCCUGGAAAUUGGCUUCAAAAGUUUAUGCUCCAGCAUGGGCUUUCGCUGAGAAGAAAGACGACUACUGCACAGCGAGACCCUCAUCCCUGAUUGACAAAUUGCUAUCUUACAUCCUUCAGGUUCGGAGACUUUCUCAAGGACACGAGUAUCAGCCUUCUUGUAUCAUAGCUAUGGAUGAAACCCCUGUGUGGGAUGAUAUGGUCUUAAACACUACUGUUGACAGGGUGGGAGCCUCAUCCAUCAACCUAAAGACCACUGGGCAUGAAAAAGUCUUGGUUACUGUAUGUUUAUCUGCACGAGCUGACGGUACAAAACUGAAACCAUUCGUUGUAUUUCGUGCAGCCAAGCACGAAACAAAGAAACUAAAUGAAGAUUUCAGGCAUAAAUGCACUGUAACCACAUCGUCCAAUACCUGGAUGAAUGAAGAGUUGACUCUGAACUGAGUUAAAAGCGUCUUGGGAGCAUUUUCUUUCAACAGAUGCUUACUAGCGUGGGACUCUUAUGAGUGUCAUAUGAUGUAGAGUGUCAAGGAAGCGCUUCACCAAAUCAAUGUCGAUCAAGUCAUAGUUCCCGGCCGUUGCACGAAAUAUGUCCAGGCACCAGACGUAAGCUGGAACAGGCCUUUCAAAGUAUUAGUAUCUGAACAGUAUGGUGAGUGGAUGGCUAGUGGUGUCCAAGAAUUUACAGAAGCGGGAAACAUGCGACCGCAACCGAGAAAGACCAUUGUAG